ACUCCAGAGCUUAGCUUCAAUUUUCAACGUCGUGAGAGUUGUAAGUGAGGAAGAAAAUCAGUACUCUCGGAUAUCAGCAAAAUGAGCACUAGCUCGAACGACGUACAACAAUAAUAUUCGAGAUUUGUUUGUUUUUUUGUGCGGCAUCGAUACCAACGCGUGCCACGGCCAACGGAUUUGGCUAACAAGGAUAACUUCCCCGUACAACUUUCACGGGGUUAAGGCACGGAGAGCGGGGGGGCCGCAGUGCUGAACGCGCAGACAGCGCGGAAUCGAUAUCGAUGGUACGCACUAAAAACCAGUCGUCCUCCUCCAGCGCCAGCAGCAGCAGCACCAAGUCACCAAUAAAGUCCAGCAGCGGGGCAGGAUCAUCCGGCGGAGGAGUCGGUGGUCGCCAGUCUACGCACCGCUCGUCGAGCGCCUCAAACGUUGCUGCCGUUGUUGCCGGUGGUUCAUCUGCCGCCGGUGGAGGCUCCUCAUCGAAUCGCCGUAGUCCGGGCAGCUCACCCGACGGCGACGACGACACCACCACCACAGAUGACCUGACCCCCACAACGUGCUCACCACGCAGCGGCCACCACCAUUCGUACGGCGGCUACUCGUCCUCCGUUCACAAACAGAACCUAUACGUCGUCUCGUUCCCCAUAAUCUUUCUUUUCAACGUUCUGCGCUCGCUGAUAUAUCAGCUGUUUUGUAUUUUUCGCUACCUAUACGGUGCGAGCACAAAGGUGAUUUACCGCCCGCACCGACGCGACUGUAAUAUUGAAAUCGUGGUGCAGAACUCUUCCAAGGAGCAACAGCAGUCGUUGAACCAUCCUUCGGAGCUGAACCGUGAAGGCGACGGACAGGAGCAGCAGUUAUCCAAUCAGCCCCAGCGUUUCAGGCCCAUUCAACCCUUGGAGAUGGCCGCCAAUCGACCGGGUGGAGGGUAUUCACCUGGUCCCGGCGAUCCCUUGCUGGCCAAGCAAAAGCAUCACCAUCGACGCGCCUUCGAGUACAUCUCCAAGGCGCUAAAAAUUGAUGAGGAGAACGAAGGUCAUAAAGAGCUGGCAAUUGAGCUCUACCGAAAGGGUAUAAAGGAGCUGGAGGAUGGCAUAGCUGUCGAUUGCUGGAGUGGACGUGGUGAUGUGUGGGAUCGAGCUCAGCGCCUGCACGACAAGAUGCAGACAAACCUUUCGAUGGCGCGGGAUCGUCUCCAUUUUCUAGCUCUGCGUGAGCAGGAUUUGCAAAUGCAGCGCCUCUCCUUAAAGGAGAAGCAGAAAGAAGAGGCGCGAAGCAAGCCGCAGAAGACCAGGGAGCCCAUGCUGGCGGGAAUGACCAACGAACCCAUGAAGCUAAGGGUGCGCAGCAGUGGCUAUGGGCCCAAGGCCACCACCAGUGCCCAACCCACUGCAUCUGGCCGCAAAUUGACAAUUGGAUCCAAACGACCCGUCAACUUGGCCGUGGCCAACAAAUCACAAACGCUGCCUCGCAACCUUGGCUCCAAAACAUCUGUGGGCGCAGUCCAAAGGCAACCAGCCAAGACAGCUGCAACGCCUCCCGCCGUUCGUCGCCAAUUUUCCUCGGGGCGUAAUACGCCGCCACAGCGUUCCCGGACUCCCAUAAACAACAACGGACCCAGUGGCAGUGGCGCCAGCACUCCGGUGGUUAGUGUGAAGGGAGUGGAACAGAAGCUGGUGCAACUUAUACUCGACGAGAUCGUCGAGGGUGGGGCCAAAGUGGAGUGGACUGACAUUGCCGGUCAGGAUGUGGCCAAGCAGGCUCUACAGGAAAUGGUCAUUCUACCCUCCGUCCGACCGGAACUCUUUACGGGACUUCGUGCACCGGCCAAGGGUUUAUUGCUGUUUGGUCCUCCCGGAAAUGGCAAGACACUGCUGGCCCGCGCCGUGGCUACUGAAUGUAGUGCCACCUUCCUGAACAUUUCGGCUGCCUCGCUGACCAGCAAGUACGUGGGGGAUGGCGAGAAACUGGUGAGGGCUCUCUUCGCCGUAGCCCGUCACAUGCAGCCCUCCAUUAUUUUCAUCGACGAGGUGGACUCGUUGCUUUCAGAGCGAAGCAGCAGCGAGCAUGAAGCAUCGCGUCGCCUGAAGACCGAGUUUCUGGUGGAGUUCGAUGGGCUGCCUGGAAAUCCAGACGGAGAUAGGAUCGUGGUGCUGGCCGCCACCAAUCGGCCGCAGGAACUGGACGAGGCAGCCCUCCGUCGGUUCACAAAGCGCGUUUACGUCUCACUGCCCGACGAGCAGACUCGCGAGCUGCUCCUAAAUCGACUGCUGCAGAAGCAAGGCAGUCCGUUGGAUACCGAGGCGUUGCGUCGCCUGGCAAAGAUAACAGAUGGAUACUCGGGCUCCGACUUAACGGCACUGGCCAAGGACGCCGCAUUGGAGCCCAUUCGAGAGUUGAAUGUGGAGCAAGUGAAGUGUCUGGACAUCAGUGCAAUGCGUGCGAUCACAGAGCAGGACUUUCACAGUUCGCUCAAACGCAUCAGGCGCUCGGUAGCGCCGCAGAGCCUCAACUCGUACGAGAAGUGGUCGCAAGAUUAUGGCGACAUCACCAUCUAGUCUGUUUUAGCCAGUGAUCCUGUCCUCCUUCAUCAAUCCAAUUUGGAGCUGCUGUGAUGUGAGUCUCAGAGCGCAACCCAUUGUAGUUGCACUAGUUUUGAUUAUGUGACCCAUAUUUUUCGCCCUUAAGGUUCUAUUCAAUCAGUAGAAUUUUCGUUUCACAAACAUUGUUACAUUUGUAUUUACCUGUGAGUUAUGAUUUGUAUCCCAGCUAUUUCUUGUGUUUUAUCAUAAGAACAUUGUAUUGUAUUGUUUCCUCGUUUCACCACCAUGUCCAUGUGGUGCAACAUUUGCCAUGCAGCUCCAUUAUCGUUAUACUCAUUUAACAUGAUAUAUAUUUCUAAGAUCUGUACUUUUCAAUGGAGUUGCUAGAAUAGUAGGUUUGCCCUAUCUUCGUUUAUGAUAGUAAUUCAAGGCCACAUUGCUUUAUAAACUAGUUUUUUGAAACAUUCCGUAGUGAUUUUUUGUCAGACAGGCGGCCCAAGGAGUUCACAACUACUUCCAUUGUAUCCUUGAACUAUAGAGCAUAUUUUUGUUGUACAUUGAGUGCCCAUCCACAAGCUAUAUGUAAUCUAGAAGUAAGCGUAGACCUAAGACCGAUGAUAUACUUAUACACAAAGAUACAUUUACCAGCGCAGAAUCGUAUUUAAGUUUUAAUAGUUAUCACUGUCCGUAUGGUUAGUCUAGUUUAGUUCCUUUGUUUCAAUCUAUGUACCUACAGCCAUAAAUACUAUCGUCUCCGAUUCACCUAUAUUAUUAGUAACACACCCAAAAAUGUUGUACCUAGCAGGUGCGUAUGAAUCUGGUGUUAUCAGAUCGAUCAGAUACAUCUACACCCGCGCACAUGCCCGUCGCUUAUCGCGACACAUUGAACCAGCUUCAACGCAGCUCGCCCACCCGGAAUUUGAGUUUUUUGACUAGUUACUAAACACAGAUACAAAAAAAACUACUUGCAUAUAAUACUAUAUAUAUAAAGAAAUCUAUAGAAUACGCUAAAUAAAAUCGAUUUCAAGAAACA